AUGGCAAAUGCUGCUCAGAAAAAGCUCGCCGUGCAAAACAAGCGAAUCCUAAUGUUUAUGCUCGUGGCCGAUGUUACUGUCAACCUCUUGUUUAUAUUACUUCGCUUUUUCCUUCGUAGUCCUCUUUCCAAAUUUUCUAAAUUCUUAUACGCCUUGUCUGCUGGUUCUGCUGGUUUUUUUCACUACCAGCUCAACCGUGCGGCUGCUCCCAAAUACGACUCCAAAGGCGCCCUGCUGUACGUGGGUCAGGAUCUCUUACAGCAAGGCGUUACUUCUUAUAUGAUUGAUUACAUGUACUUCUCUUGGAUUGUCAUUUUCCUUUCUUCCCUUACUUCUAUCAAGUUUUUUGCCCUUUAUUUAUUGGUUCCCAUUUUUGUCGGAUACAAAGCCUUCCCCUUGCUGCGUAUGGGUUUUGAGCAAUUACAAAAGUUCCGAAACCGGGGCUCUAACGACCCUGCCUCUUCUGGACAAGCAGAACCUGCUGCCACGAAUCAACCUCUAUCCAAGCGUCAAGAAAAGCUUCGCAAGAAGGCAAACAAGUAUCAAUCUAAUUAA